UAAUUUCUCUUAACUUUUCUAUAUAAGAAGAUUUAGCUAGAAACGAAAGUUGGUGCUUCACAAUAUUUCUCAAUGGAGUGGCCUUUAAUGAGGUCUUUGCUAUGGGUUUUAGUACUUGUUGCUCACAUCCACGAGAGCAAAGGUUGUAUUGAGGAAGAGAGGAUGAGUUUGCUAGAAUUGAAGGCCUUUUUGAAAUUCAGUACUAAUUAUAUCAAACCUGUUCUUCCAUCAUGGGUUAAUGAGGCGAAGAGUGAGUGUUGUGGUUGGGAGCGGGUCAUGUGUAACGCCACCACAGGCCACGUGAUUGAGCUCUACCUCUCCAAUGUAAACCAAGGAACUCACAUCCAUUCUGAUAAUGAAUCUAAUUAUUAUCCAGAAAAUUGGUUCCUAAACGGCUCUCUGUUGCUGACUUUCAAGGAGCUAAGAAUUCUUGAUCUAUCUCAUAAUGGAAUUGGUGGUUGGCUAGGAAAUGAAGGUUCAAAAAGCUUGUCAAGAUUGGGGAACUUGGAGACAUUAAAUCUUGCUGACAACGGCUUCAACAAGAGCUUUAUCAAAUCAUUGAGUGCAAUCAAAUCCCUUAAGAAUCUGAAUCUUAGUUGGAAUUGGCAGGGACUGGAAGGAUCCUUUCCUGCCCAAGAAUUAUCAGCUUUGGAAAACUUGGAGAAGUUGGAUUUAAGUUCUAACCUACUUAAUGGCUCUAUAACAACCCAAGAAUGGAAUUAUAUGUCUAAAUUGAGGAAGCUAAUGCACAUAGAUUUAAGUUGGAAUGUCUUUGAAAAGGACAUUUUAAGAUUCUUGGGUGGUGCACUCCCAGAUCUUAAAUCUGUUGACCUGAGUCACAAUGAAAUGCAAGGGCCUCUUUCUAGCAAAGAGCUGAUUAAUCUAAAUAAUUUGGAGGUACUCAUUGUGCGAGAGAAUCAACUUAAUGGAAGCCUACCAUUCAAGGAUAUGACAAAUUUCAAUAGUUUGGAGAUUUUAGAUAUGAGUGGUAAUGCGUUUACUGGAAUUCUUUCUCCAUAUAUUGGGGCACUACCAUCUCUCAAGGCUAUAUCAGUAUCUCAAAAUAAACUCAAUGGGCCUUUGCAAUUGCAUACUAAAGAUUUAGGUAUGUUGAAGAAACUUGAAGAGUUAGAUCUUUCUGAUAAUAACUUUGAAGGGAUCCUCCCUCCGUGCCUAGGCAGAUUGACAUCUCUUAGGUUUUUAGAUAUAUCUAAGAACCAAUUCAGUGGAAAUGUUCCUUCAUUUGUGAUAGCCAGCUUGACAUCCCUAGAGUACAUUGAUCUUAGUUAUAAUCGUUUUGAGGGUUUAUUCUCAUUCAGCUCACUUGCUAAUCACUCUAAGCUUAAGGUGGUUCGAUUUAAAGGUGAAAACUAUAGGGUCGAAGACGAUAACAAAUUUGUGAGUGAAAGCAACAAACUUGUGAUAGAAACUGAAAAUCCUAGUUGGGAACCUUCAUUUCAGUUAAAGGUGCUACUAUUGCCAAAUUGUAAUCUGAAUAACUUCUCCUCCAAUGUUCCUAAAUUUCUCUUUUACCAACGAGAAUUGGAAUUGGUCGAUAUCUCUCACAAUAGGUUGAAGGGAAGCUUCCCCAAUUGGUUGAUUGAAAAUAAUACUAGACUACAAUUACUAAAUCUUCGGGACAAUUAUUUUGGGGGUCCAUUUAAUCUACCAACAGAUCACUACAAGAAUCUUUCUUGGUUGGAUUUUUCUUACAAUAAUUUUGAUGGGCAGCUCCAAGAAAAUAUUGGGAAGAUUUUAAACUUACAAUAUCUAAAUAUAUCUCAAAAUCAUUUUGAAGGUAAUCUCCCGUCCUCAAUUGGUGACAUGAGUAAUUUGGAGAAAUUGGAUUUGUCCAAUAAUAAUUUUUCGGGAGAGGUACCAAUGAAAUUGGUUGCCAAUUGCACCUCCCUGGUAGUUUUGAAGUUAUCUAAUAAUGAAUUUCAAGGUGAAAUUUUCUCAAAGAGGUUCCAGUUUUUUAACAAUAGCUUACGUGUUUUGGAAUUGAACAACAAUCAUUUCAAAGGUACCCUUCUAGAUAAAGUAUCACCAACUGGUUGUUACUUAGGGAUCCUUGAUAUUAGCAACAAUGGCUUCUCAGGUUUAAUUCCCAACUGGCUAGGAAAUAUGCAGUUCCUUUGGUCUCUUGACAUGAGUAAUAAUUUUUUUGAAGGUCAAAUUCCAUGUGAAAUGCAUGCAUAUAUUUUAGUAGACCUUUCUCAUAACUGGCUUUCAGGAUUGUCACCAUCUUGUGCCGAUUUAUCCAUCAUUCAGCAUCUAUUUUUGCAAGGGAACAGACUCACAGGACAAAUACCAAAAGUUACUUUUAGUGUUUCAUUUCAUCUUGUGACAUUGGACAUUAGAGAUAACCUAUUUUCUGGGAGAAUCCCUUAUGAAGUUGGCGAGCUUUCAAAUUUGAGAAUACUGUUGUUGAGUGGCAACAAUUUUAGUGGUGCGAUUCCAAAGCAACUAUGCUGGUUAAAGAAUUUAAAGAUUAUGGAUCUUUCAAAGAACUAUCUUUCUGGAACAAUACCACACUGCUUUCGCAACAUAACCUUUGGGAAGUUAAAUGAAAUUGAGGCUUUUGAUGGUCUUCCCCAACCAAAUUCCACUUUUUUGGAGUUCAGACAUAUAACUAUCCCAUAUCAAGGUAUCUUAAAUAGGUAUUUUAAAAUUCACGAGGUAGAACAAAAAGCUGCUGCUGAUUUUGGAAUUGAGUUUGUGACGAAAUAUAGGUCUUACUUCUACAAGGGUGGCAUACUUGAUAUCAUGUCUGGAUUGGAUUUGUCAUUCAACAAGUUAACAGGUGAAAUCCCUCUAGAGUUAGGACAACUAUCUCCAAUUCUUGCACUAAACUUGUCUUACAAUCAGUUGACGGGUUUCAUACCAACAACAUUCUCAAAUUUAACCCAUUUAGAGAGCUUGGACCUUUCUCACAAUAAUUUAAGUGGAGAAAUUCCUUCAAUAUUGAUUGAUCUACACUUUUUAGAAGUUUUCAAUGUGGCUUGCAACAACUUAUCAGGAAAACUUCCAGAUAUGAAAGGACAGUUUGCAACAUUUCAAAAUAGCAGCUAUGAAGGAAAUGCAUUUCUUUGCGGUCCACCACUAGAGAAAAGUUGCACCAGGGUUGAUAGUUCACCGCCAUUACCAAGAAAAUCUUUAACUACAAGUAAAGGGAAAUGGUGUGAAGUAGAUCCUUUAGUCUUCUCCACAAGUUUUUGGGUAUCAUACGUAAUUUUUUUUAUUGGUGUAUCUUGUAUUCUCUAUAUUAAUCCUUAUUGGCGACAAUGGUGCUUCAAUCUAAUUGAGUAUCAUAUGUAUAGGUGUUAUUAUUUUGCAGUUAAUAUGCUGAGAAGAAAGAAUCGUUCCUUGUUUGAAACAACCCUCCAAGCUCUCGAAAUCCACCUUGUUAAUCUUACUGCUCAGAAUGAAGCUUAUAUAAGCUAUGCUAACCUUAUUUCAGAAAAAAUCCUUACUUCGAAAAAUGACCUUAUUUCAAACCGUGUUCUAGGAAAUGCUAUUAUUUCAGAAAAUGAGGCUUUUAGAAGCCAUCUUGCUGACCAUCCAAAUAUUCCAAUUGAUUCUUACAUUAGUCAACUCUUUGGCAAAGAGGAUAUCCAUUCAAAGGAUAAAAUAACUAUAAUGGGCAUUGACUAUGCUAGAUUGAGUCUUAAGACCCAAUCUAUGAUAAGAAGUGCUUUUGCCAACUUGCCAUCAGAUAUACAAUCUCAUAUUCUAAGAAGCAAGGCUAUGUUUAGGUCUUUCGACCUAUGGUUCAAAUGUUUUAAGGAGCUUGUCACAGCCACUAUUCCUGAUCCUGAUGAAUUGGAUGAAGGUGAUAAUGUCUUUAUUCAGCUUGAUUUGGAAGAACACUUUGGGAGUACUCUCAGUGUAUAUGAAAAGAAACACCCAUUUCCUGGCCUUUUGAUAAAUUAUGAUGAUGGUGCAAUUGUUGCUAAUGAUUCAGAUGAUGAUGAUGACAGGGACCCUAACUGGCUUUCACAAAUGUUUGAAUAUUGCUUUAUCAGAUCUAUAAAAUUAAGAAGCCAUUAUCAAGCCAGCCAACUCCCAGAAAUUAUUCAGGAUGCUAUUAAAGAACUUAACAGUCUUUUUGCUUCCAUCAGGUGUUGGAGUACGUUGCUUCCAUGGGAAAGAGAUAACUGGAUGAACGUCCAGCCUUCAAAGCAUCUCAUUCUCAUUAAUGGUCACACUCACCAAGGACCAUGGUUUGAAGGAAAUUCUCAAUUAUCUUUUGAUAAUCCUCGUGGUCUUGCAAAAUGUUGGAGAAAUUAUUUUAAUAACCAGAUUAUUAAUGUUGCUCAAAAUUUAUGGAAAAAUUAUCAUCUCAUGGGAUGCACAGAUAGGAUUUCUGUCUUUGGUCCCAGACCAUAUUCUGAUGGCAUUGCUCAUUUGUGA